CAUUUCUACUCUGCCAAUUUCUAUGUUGGCUCAACGCGCAUGCGUAUGGCGUUAUUUACUAUACGUUUUUGAUUAAAAAAAUAUACUAGUUGAGCCGUACAGUCCAUAUAACUGGUGGCGAGAAAUUCCAUGUUUUAGUAACCAGAGGAAGACAAAAGCAUUUCUGGUAGUGAUGGCGAGGCAUUUGUUUUCAAAGUCGCUCUUGGGGCUCAUCAUGGAAAAUUCGUGCUUAAUGCAGCGGAAGGCAUUCAGUCUGUCUGCUGUGGCAGCUGCCAUUCAGAAGAUGACCAGAGUGAGAGUUGUGGACAACAGCACACUUGGAAGUACAGGAUACCGUCGGCCGCCAAGAGUGAUCCAUGUCUACACCAAGAAUGGUAUCGGAAAAGUUGGAGAUAAAGUAUUGCUGGCCAUUAAAGGACAGAAGAAGGCAGCGCUUAUCGUCGGUCACAAAAUGCCCGGAAAACCAAUGACUCCACGCUUUGAUUCAAAUAAUGUCGUUCUGCUCGAAGAAAACGGGAACCCGACAGGAACAAGGAUCAAGGUCCCCUUACCCACACAUUUACGUAAAUUGGAAGGGGACUACUCAAAGGUGUUGGCAAUCGCAAAUUCUUUUGUUUGAAAGGACAGAUUUCUCCACUUAUCAGUCAUUUUAUGAAUUCCAUAACUGUAUGUAUGGUAACAGGCUGAAGUUUUGUUGACACUGCUCUCUGUGCUUACAAUAAAUAUGGCCUUUACCGUAAAUGCAUGUAGGUCAACUUAAUAUUAUGAUGAACACAAUGAACAAACUUGAAAAAGAGUGAUGUUAAUGGUAAUAUUUAUUGAAGGCACAACACACAUUCUCAACACAAAACACAACUGGCACAUUUUAAUAGCUAAUGACAGGUAUAAGGCAUUCAAUAUUAUGAUCCCUGUGAAUAUUAGCGACAGUGUUUCUCAAUGUGAGGCAUCUUUGCUAGCAGCUUCAACUAAAAAAUCAGUGCAAAAUGAAACCUUAAGGUCAAACUUCAUACAUUAGC